GCCGAGGAAAUGAUGUCGUUCUGCUGUGAAGUUUCGCUGCGCUGUCGUCAGCUGUGUGUAUGGGCAGCAACAGUGGCUCGGCGUGACAAUUCCGUGCAUAAAGAUAUAAAGCGUUCACGAAUUCGUUAUUAGAGGGCGUUGGCCACGAACACUAACUAUAUGCCGAGAAGAAAUACGGCGAAUGUAUUUACUGUGUAAUAAAACGGUCUUUAUCAAAACGAUACCGGCGUGAAACAAAUAUGAUUGCAGAGCAGUCUUCAUAAGGAGUUUUCACACAGUCGCUGGCUGUUUCCAAAGCGAGGAUCUGGAAGCGUAUUUGGCUUAUUUAGCUGCAGGCCCGCGACGUGCGGCUCGCGCGUUUGGAAUGAACGUGGGCACGGCGCACAGCGAGGUGAACCCCAACACGCGCGUCAUGAACAGCCGGGGCAUGUGGCUCGCGUACCUGCUGGGCAUCGGCCUUCUCCACGUCAUACUGUUGAGCAUUCCCUUCGUGAGUGUGUCUGUGGUCUGGACACUUACCAACCUCAUCCACAACAUGUGCAUGUAUCUCCUCCUGCACACUGUGAAAGGGACUCCGUUUGAGACGCCGGACCAAGGCAAAGCCCGCCUCCUCACUCACUGGGAACAGAUGGAUUAUGGGGUGCAGUUCACCGCCUCCCGCAAGUUCCUCACCAUUACCCCCAUUAUACUGUACAUCCUCACCAGCUUCUACACCAAGUACGACGGCGUCCACUUCAUCAUCAACACAUUCUCCUUGCUCUCUGUGCUCAUCCCCAAGAUGCCGCAGCUGCACGGCGUCCGCCUCUUUGGCAUUAACAAGUACUGAAGCCCUGACCUGCUCACUGAUGAACCUGCACCGAGGGACGCCAGUGUUGAGGAAUGAGAUGAAGAAAGACAGAAAUGCCCGUCUCUCUCUCUCUCUCUCUCUCGCACGCGCGCUAGCUCUCCUUCUCUCUCCAACACUUGGCUAUAGUGAUUUCUUGGGCUUAAACGAGCAAAUCUCUUAACAUUAUUAUUGUUUGCAAGUAUUUAACAAAUGUCUAGUCAGCAGUAGAUUGUGGCUGAGCGCCUGCAGGUUGAGACAGAUAUGCCUGCUCAUCCGCUCAGCCGGGAGGACUACCUGGAUAUGGCGCUGCUGGCAAACGACAACGGCUGUGCUGUUCACUGCCUGCCUGCUGCAAUGUUUCUGAUGAACUGUCAUGUCAGCGGCCUGCAAGACCACAUUCUACUGCUCCUGAGCAGAAAGAAAGAAAUGCAGUAUUUCUAAAUGGGGUUGAAGGCCAUGGCUAUUUUUAGAUUGAGGCACUUUACUGUAUCAUUGGUCAGAGUGGGGAAAAAAAAAAACCCCAAACAACAAAUCUUUCUUACCAUAUUUAGGAAACCUUGCUUUGUCCGGUUUGUAAAAUGAUACACUCUGGCCUUCUUCUGUCCUUGCCACAGCUGACUUUGCAUAAGGUGGAGAAAAGGGCUACAACAUUUUGUUUUUCUGUUUUUUUUACAGACUGUUUUUACAGAGGACCUGGACUGUGUUUUAUGACUUAUGUGAUUCAGAUAAACUCCCCUGAGAAUGUUCCCUCUUAAUUGUGUUUCAAAUGUCUAACCAUACAUGCCCUCACAAGUGCAUGGAGAUGUAUUACAUUUGGUAUGUGUUCAGGUUAAUCCAUGCCUUUGCCAUGGAAACCGAAUAAGUUAUGUCAGUUAGAGUGUAGUCUCCUGUAUGCUCUUUACUGAAUGAUGGAUUUCUAAGCACAUUAGAAACAUGCAUAUGACUAUAUAAACUACAUAUAAAGGAAAUGAGAAUAAUAAUGUUCUAAACACAUCCUUCCACUUCUCAGAUACUCAGCUGCUCUUUGGUUGUGUUUGCUGUUGCUUUGUUUUAAGUAGAUUUAUGUAGAAGCCGAAGACUCUUUGAAGCUUCUGUGCUCACAGCACCACCAGCCUGGCCUACAUCCUUUCUCUCAAGCCCUUAUGGAUGGACACACACACACCCUGACCCUGUUGUUGCUAGUCACAACUGCUCAGCUGAGAGCCAAGCUCAGUGGAUGAACACUAGAACAUAAUGCUUUUCCUGCCUUGUGAGUUUCCUUCGUCUGAUUCUGAUUCCAUUCCACUCUGACAGAGGAACUUCUAUGUCCUGAUGGCACUGUGGAAUGUGGACGGAAUCUUGAAGUGGAGACUUGUGCCUUUGAAACCCUGGAACUGUACAUACAGUUCCUAAGACUGCCUGCGUGGCAAAAUUGGUCAUAAAGCAUGUAGUUAAGAGCAUCUCGCAGACCAGCUUAGGUGCAUGUUUGCGACAGGGUGAGUUCAGGUGCAGGUCAUGAGGCUCAGUCUCUGUUAAACACGUACAUCACUUCCUUCCUGCCAGGGUUAGCAGGUUAGUUUAAAUGCACUUUUAGACUGUUUCAGUGUCAUUUUCUUCACAAUCCAUUACACUCUUAAUUAAUUUAGGAUUUCAGACUUAAUUAUGUGCUCCUGUAGUCCACCUGGUGGAGCAGGCUGAGUCAGGUGCUGGCACCCCAGAGGUCAUGGGGUCAGUUCCCAGGGAGCACCCACGCUGUCAUAGUGAGAAAUAAAUGUGUAAGUUGUUCUGCGUAAGAGUGUCUGCCAAAUGCUGAAAAUGUGAAUUGCAAUCUUUAUGGUACACAUUGUGGAUAUCAGCAAAUGUUAAACCGAUGCAGAUGAAUGCAAAUGGAAUGUUGAGUAGUGUGAGAGGUUUUGGAAGGAAUCCAAAAAAUUGCUUAAUUUCA